AUGGAUACCAACAUGGAGGACGUACCCAGGGCGCCUGCCGACGUGUCGCCCGUGCAGACUGAGCCCGCCUCUAUCCCUACACUAGAUGGGUGGAUCGAGAGCCUCAUGGCUUGCAAGCAGCUGUCAGAGGGCGAUGUUCAAAGGCUUUGUGAAAAGGCGCGAGAAGUCCUUACGGAGGAGUCAAACGUCCAGCCAGUGAAAUGCCCGGUCACCGUGUGCGGUGACAUCCACGGCCAGUUCCACGAUCUUAUGGAGCUCUUCAAGAUUGGUGGACCCAACCCGGACACCAACUACCUAUUCAUGGGUGACUACGUCGACCGUGGAUAUUAUUCCGUCGAGACAGUCACGCUCCUCGUCGCCCUCAAGAUCCGAUACCCCCAGCGCAUCACCAUCCUCCGUGGUAAUCACGAAUCCCGUCAGAUCACUCAAGUUUACGGCUUCUACGACGAGUGUCUCCGGAAAUACGGCAAUGCCAAUGUGUGGAAAUACUUCACCGACCUCUUCGACUACCUGCCGUUGACUGCCCUCAUCGAGAACCAGAUCUUCUGCCUUCACGGCGGCCUGUCGCCGAGCAUCGACACGCUCGACAACAUCCGUGCGCUUGAUCGCAUUCAGGAGGUGCCUCACGAAGGCCCAAUGUGCGACCUUUUGUGGUCUGAUCCCGAUGACAGAUGUGGCUGGGGCAUCUCGCCCCGUGGUGCAGGAUACACAUUCGGCCAAGAUAUAUCAGAGGCGUUCAACCAUAACAAUGGCCUGACGCUCAUUGCGCGUGCGCAUCAGCUGGUCAUGGAAGGUUACAACUGGUCGCAAGAUCGCAACGUGGUGACGAUCUUCUCGGCGCCCAACUACUGCUACCGAUGCGGUAAUCAAGCAGCGAUCAUGGAGAUCGAUGAACACCUCAAGUACACAUUAGCCGGCGAGCCGAUGGUGUCGAGGCGAACACCCGACUAUUUCCUCUAA